AUGGGCCUGGACGCCGAUACCACUACAACAACAACAACAACUCCAUUAAACAACUCUUUGAGUCAAUCCAACCAACAUGACACCUCUCUAAAUGACAAAUCGUCCAAACGACAUGGUCCCAAAAGAAAACCAAGAGCAAAGCCAGCAUCGUCAACUGCUGACAAUGUAACAGCACCACCAUCACCAGAAGGAUCGACGCCAACCGAUUCCACUACCAGCAAAAAGCGACGUGGACCGCGUCGAACACCACGUGGUACUGGUGGUCCCAAGAAUGAGGAAGGUCAAAAUGACACUCCCAAAGAUACCGUCAACAAGAAGCGUCAACGCCCGUCAAAAAAGACAACGGCUUCCUCCACACCACAACCAUCAUCGACACCUGCAGCUGCUGCAUCUUCUUCUUCUUCCACCCCUGUUGAUACAACAUCCGAUGAUCAUUCACAACAGCAACAGCAACAACAGCAACCAGAUUCAGUAUCCAAAGAAAAGCCUGCCAACAAGAAGAAAUCACGCCGAUCCAAAGGACAAAAAGCACCAUCUUCUUCUGAAAAUACAGCAACCCUUCAUCGUGCCAAACAUCGUGAUCAAGCCAAAUUGACGACCGAGGAUGACGAUCAGAAUGAUGAUCAAGAAGAUAAGGUGAAAAAGGGACCAUCACGUCGAUCCAAACGAUCCGGCAAGAAAAAGGCAUCAGCAGCAUCAGCAUCAGCAUCAGCAGCAACAGCGGAUGAUUUAGCGAGUGGAUUAGCACAAGAUUUACGUACGGCAACCUACGAAUGCAUGGUUUGCUGGGAUGUGGUACGAGCAGGACAUCAAACAUGGACUUGCGAUUGUUGUUGGGCCGUAUUUCAUUUAUCAUGCAUCAAGAAAUGGGCUACCCGAUCCCUUCAAGAAAAAGACACCAACAAACCGAUUACUUCAUGGCGUUGUCCAGGAUGUCAAUUUACACGCACAGCCAUCCCCAAAGAUUACCUCUGUUUUUGUGGCAAACAGCGCAAUCCAGAACCCAAUCGCUACUUGACACCUCACAGCUGCGGUCAACUAUGUAAAAAGAGUCGCAAUUGCCCACAUCCUUGUGUCCUCCAAUGCCAUCCAGGUCCUUGUCCACCAUGUACAGCCAUGACACCCAUCAUGCAUUGUUUCUGUGGCAGCCAUUCUCGUCAAUUACGUUGUGUGGAAGCGGAUCAUUCAAUGCGUGGAUACCAGUGCGAGGAAACAUGUGGCGAAUUGCUGGGAUGUGAGAAGCACAAGUGUCAAGAGAAAUGCCAUCCUGGAUUAUGCCCACCUUGUCCCUUGGAAGAGGUACAAAAAUGUUACUGCGGCAAGGAUGAACAAGCAAUGCCUUGUGGUAGUGGCGUUGGUGUAACAAGUGGUGAUCACGUGGGAUAUCAUGCAUGCAAGGCUACGUGUAACAGACCAUUUCAAUGUGGAGUUCAUCAUUGUCAAAAGACAUGCCACCCUCAAGAUGUUGAGCCCAACGUAUGUCCAUUUGAUCCAAGCAUCGUCAAGACGUGUCCUUGUGGAGCAACAGCCAUCGAUUCCUUACUCAAGGACAACACGCCUCGUACCAGUUGCUCUGAUCCUAUUCCUACUUGUGAUGAGAUUUGCAACAAGAAAUUACCAUGUGGUCACAGCUGCAAGCAGCCAUGUCAUGUUGGCAAGUGUGCGCCUUGUGAAGAGGUGGUGGAUGUGCCCUGUCGUUGUCGAUCCACAACAUUCACUGCCACUUGUGCCAAUGUUUGUGAAGCCGCUGGUGGUGAGCCUCCUCUUUGCGACAAGGUGUGUCGUGCUAGCAAGCAUUGUGGUCGGCACCAAUGUGGAGCGGUGUGUUGCCCAGCGGCCAAACAAAAGGGCAACAAAAAGACAUCCAUACGCGAUAACGUGCACGAAUGCCCCGAAGUCUGUGGUCGGACCUUAUCCUGUGGUAAUCACACAUGCCAAGCUCGAUGUCAUAAGGGAAGAUGCCAGCCAUGUCUCGAGGCUGUAUUUGAUGAAGUAACAUGCCAUUGUGGUCAAACUCGACUUGAGCCACCUGUUCGCUGUGGUACAACAUUACCACCUUGUCCUCAUCCAUGCACACGUCCUUCUCCUUGUGGCCAUGUACGACUUUUGCAGCACAAUUGCCAUCCGGAUAGUGAAGCAUGCCCACCUUGUGCCAUGUUGGUGACUCGCACAUGUGUAUGUGGAAAGACGGAGCUCAAGAAUGUCCCAUGUUAUCGAGAAUCCCCACGAUGUGGCCGUAUUUGCGACAAGCCAUUGAAGUGUGGUCGCCAUUUAUGCAACAAGUCUUGUCAUGGUGGAUCAUGUUUGACGGAUGAACAAGUGUGUACCCAACAAUGUAAUGGAAAGCGGACUUGUGGCCAUCCAUGUACUACCCGAUGCCAUGGCUCUGAUGCAUGUCCAGAAGAAGAACCAUGUCAAACGAUGGUGCGUGUGGCUUGCAAAUGUGGUCAAAAUGCUCUACAAGUACCUUGCAAUGCAACAGCUACAAGCUCCGGUUCGAAGCGUGAAUUGGAUUGCAAUGAUUUUUGUGCCAAGGUUGAAAGAAACAGGAAAUUAGCGAUGGCGCUCGAGAUUGAUCCUGAAAAGGCUGAGGAACCUGCACCUUCCAUUGACGAACUCGGCUAUUUUGAUGAUCCACUAUGCGAAUUCUAUUUGGAGAACCGAAGCUGGUGCAAGCAAAUGGAGACAACUUUGAUUGAUUUUGCAAAGGGAUCCAAGCAGGUGUUACAUUUCAAGCCUAUGAAGAGUAACUUUCGCCGAUUUAUUCAUCGAUAUUGCGUCCACUUCAACUUGGGCACUGAAGCUGUGGAUCCAGAACCCUAUCGAAGUGUUGUGGUUCGCAAAUCACUUGGUCAAGCACGUAUUCCUUCACCCUUGCUUUCAGUGGCGGCACAUCAUCCAUCCAUGAAUCGACCACCAGCAGCCACUGUAGCAGGGACCAAUGGUUUGAAAUCCAGACCCCAGCAACCUGUGAAUGCCCUAUGUUUAUCAGAUUUGGCAUUUGGUCUUAUUGAGACAGAGCUCGACUUGGAACUUGCAAAGGCAUUUGGAGACGUCAACUAUAAAUCCCAAUGGCAAACUGAAUCGGACUCUGUAUUGGUAUUCCCACUUUUGGAUGACAAGUUAGCCGUGGAUGAAAAGGAAGACAUGAUAUGGCAACUCAAAAAGGCCGUUAAGGAUGUCGUUGUAUCAAGUGGCAAGGCUGCUCGUGUGGAUUGUUGCUGGGUAGAUCGCCUUGGAAAGAUCACGUGGACCGAGCGAAAAGGAAUCCUGGAACAGGAACAAGCAUUAGAACAACAACAACAGCAGCAACAGCAACAGCAACAACAACGGCAAUCCAAGAACGUUUUUGACGUGCUUUCUUCGGGUACGGAUGAAUCGUCAGAUGCAGCCACAUCUAGCGUUGAUAAGGAUGCUUGGGAUCAAGAGGAACUUGCCAUGAAGAAACCUACCACGGUCACAACUACUUUAUCAAAAGAAGAUAAAUCUCCCUCGGAGGAGUGGGAGGUGGUAGAAGCUAAAUAG